GUCAUUGCUCAUAGCAGGCGAGCAGGAUAUUGCGAAGAAAAGCUAAGCGGAAGUCGACUUGGUUUAAGGAAAGCUCCCGAAAGCGGUUUGAUACAUUUGUCGAGGGCGCAUGAUAUAAAGACCUCUAACAAUGGUGAAGAUUUUUGUGGGAAACCUUCCCAGAGAGGCAGACCAGGAGGAAAUCAAGACACUCUUUUCUGAGCACGGCACAGUCACAGAAUGUGCCAUCAUCAAGAACUACGCCUUCAUCCACAUGGAUGACCGCAAGGCCGCCACCAAAGCCAUUAAGGUCCUGCACCUCCACAAGCUUCACGGCACACCGAUCAAUGUGGAGGCCAGCCAUGGGAAGAACCAGGGCUCCGUCAAACUGCAUGUAGCAAACGUAGAAAAGGGCGCAGACGACGAGCUCCGCGCUCUCUUUGAAGAGUACGGCUCAGUCACAGAGUGUGCUGUAGUCAAGAAUUUUGCUUUUGUUCACAUGUCCAACUCUGACGAGGCCAUGGAUGCCAUCAAGGGAAUGGACAACACAGAAUUUCAAGGCAAACGCAUCCAUGUCCAGAUUUCUAAGAGCCGUCCCAGACACGACGAACGGGAGGACUACCCGCCUCCUCCCCCAGACAGGGGUGGCUAUUGGCCUCCUCACUACCCAGGAGAGGGGCACGAGCCUCCCCCACCCAGCUAUAUGAGAGGUCGCCUCGGCCACAUGCCCCCAGGUUACCCCGCUCCUCCUCUGCCGCCCCCACCGCCUAGACGAGCAGUUUAUCCUGACCGUCCCUACGAGGGAGACCGAGAAAGAUACGGCGUUGUAGAUUACUAUGAAAAAUACAGAGCUCGUCCGUACGGCAUGGCUCCCUACGAGGACCAGCGUGCCGGCGCCCCUCCUCCUCCCCCUCCCCCCUCAGCCGUCGCCCGAGACCGUCUUAUGCCCUCGCCGCUUGACCCGUAUGAGCGUCGUCCCCUCCCACCACCCCCGGCUUCGUACUACCCCCGAGAUCGCAGUCCUCUAAGGAGGCCGCCCGCCGUGCCAAUGCCCCCCGCUAAUAACGGCUACCCCUACGAGCGGUCUCGACUCAGUCCGGUUUCCCGAGUCCCGGGAUACGGAGUUCCACGCGCCAGGGACCCCUACGCAGAGCGGCUGCCUCCGCCACCACCUGCCCGAUAUGCUUAUUAAGCAAGGCCCAGGCACGUGAAGGAUCGUCGUCGACUGCGUCGCCGCUCGCCGCCUCCUGAUGCUCGUGAAACUAUCCUCUCGUCUGUGGCUGAGCGCGUUGCGUUCCACUGCGAUGCUCACAGGAGGAACCGAAUUACAGACGUCCACGUCUGAUUUUUCUUUUAUUAAUUUGGGACAGUUUUUACUCGUCCUCCCGCCCUCCCUCCUCUGGUUGUUUUAGUUUGUCAUUGUGCUGUAGUAUUUUUUUUAUGCUUGACGUCUGAAUUAGGCGGUUUUUUUAAUUUAGUUUAUUUACGUUAAAAAAAAUUAGUGUUCUGAUGUGUUGUGUGACCUUAGAAAGCUGCUGAUUUCCGCAGCAGACUAGGCGAUACUUAUGACUGUAGAUUUAAAUGGACUAAAUCAUGUUUGAAAUGAGCUCUAAUAUGCACGUCGGUUCUAUUUAUGUUACGCUUUCCCAUCGAUAAAAAAAAACGCCAUGUGGUGUUGCUGUAAAAAAAAAAAAUCAAACCGCCAAGACGUGUGGGUUUUACAAAUGUAGAAAGCCCCUGUCGUUAGGACAGUUACCGCAAAGCGUUCACAUGUACCUGUCCAUUGUCGUACUUGUUUUUAAUAAACGGAUUUGUGCAGUAAUGUUGUUCACAAAUGUGCCCAAACUCCUACCAUGCGCUCAAAAAAACCCUCAUCAGUGUAACCGCUUGAAUUUGUUCGAACACUAAUACCUCCGAAGGAUAAUCGCAUAUAUUUAAUAAUACCAUUAUUUGUGAUAACACGUUUAAAAAAAAAUUGCUGAAAUCGUUUCCGCUGAUUCAAAUAUUGUCUCCUGGCUUUGUCUGGAACAAUGCAGCCUUCCUCAUUCCCCGCGUACAUCUUAACCUUUCCCCUUUUUUAGUGCAAAACAUGUGAGCCUUGUUCACUCUAGGUCUAAAAGUGAAGGAGGCUGCAACACCUGCCGUACUCCCACCAGGUGAGGUCGCAUAACGCGGACUAGUUUAUCUUGAAUCAGGGGUGAGAGGACAUCAAAGGCUGCUGCAGACCUUCAGAGUGAACAGGUAAGUCUUGAGGACUACUGACGCAGACCAUACCACAGACGGCACACACGCAUGUACCCUUUCUAUGUUAGUAUAAAUUAUUAAGACACAACUGUCCACUCAUCUGUUCCUUUCUUUAGAGCCAGUGUUUUCUGGAGAAGGACUUAAGUUAUAGUGCAUAGUCCAUUUGUAGGCAUCGCUGUUAAGUGGAAUGCAGAAUGCUUAAGUUAGUUUAACUUAUUGAGAAGCAGUCAGGAAUACUUUGUUUGCCCAUUAAGAGUUUGUCUGACCUGGGACAUGAGCUGAAGUAAAUUCAACACUGUCUUGCAGACAUUUCUAAGCUGUUAAUGUUAUAAAACAUGAAAUCCAUUGACAAGGCAAUGAAAUAAACUAAUUUGAACACAAUUGAUGACACAUUUACCAUUCUGUGCUUUGAGUUUGAUCUUUUGGAAGUUGACUUGUAUGAAUAAAAUGUAAAUCACUUAAA